AGCAAACAAAACCACCUCCGUUACGUAUUUCAGAUCACAACAAGCAGGUUGUGAGAAACCAUAAUUUCUCGCACAAAACCAUGCUGCCGAAUAACCAACUACGUGUUCCUCCGCCCCAGUCAGCCUCACAGCGCAUGGUGACCCGAGACAUCACUGAUAGUUUCGUCAACGCCGCUUCUAAAUUGCGACAAGGAGAAUUGGUCAAGGAUGAACUAUUUACACUAUUCGAAGCGGUGGGAGCGCUGGAGAUCAUGGACUCCAAAAUGGACAGUGGAUAUCUCGGCCCGGGUGAGAAUCACGCCCAGGCCCUUGAGUAUGACUACGACGUGAUGCGAGAAUUGCAACCCGAAGAAGUUGUUGGACUGAUGGAUCAACUGUUGUGCCACGAGAUGGCAUGGCAUAUGGGUCAUCCCCUAUCUCAAACCCUUUUCACCUCGAUCUAUCUCGAUAAACUUCUGGCGCCGGCCCCGAAAUCGUUUGAUGAAUAUAGCUUCCAUCGGGGAGAUGCAAAGCGGCAGCUUGAGGUUGAGCAACAAUCACCUUUGAUACAUAUCGUGCUGAGGGCAUACUGUCUCGGGCUAGUAAAGGCCUGUGAUUUGGUGCACCAACGUGUGACUCAGGAAUACUACUACGAGGAAGAGGACUUUUUCCCGCAAUUGUAUAACCGCAGCAUACUUACCGAACACGAAGUCGAUCCAGUUCAGCGACUCCUACAGAGAGCCAUACAGUAUCUUGAAGAGAAUAAUGAGGGAAUAGAGCAAAAUACGAAGAGUGCAUUGGUUAAUAGAUUGCGUUUUAGAUAUCAUUUUCUUGAAGCCUUGGACGAAGAACGAGAUAUUAUCAACACACGAGAUAAAGGACCUUUCACUGCUUGUCUGUCAUUAGUUGGCUCGAUUGAAAGCUCUGCGACUAUUGGAAAACCGAUUGAAGAAGCCUUUACCCUGAAAAUUCAACGAAAGCUCGCUAGCACAGUACCACCGCGACCAAUGGUGACUAUCGGUGUCGAUGCGACUAUUGAAUAUUUAAAGCAUUUCUGCCAAAAUGCAAUUGACAUGUUUGAGCUUUUAGACUAUUCGGGCUCAGAUGACUUGAGAGUUGCCCUUUGGACAAUGGCCUCGAGGAAGCCACAACCGGGCGUCUAUAUAAGGAGUCUCCUACAAAAAUUCAUUGUCAAUAACCUAAAAGUUCUUGGUUCUACAUCUGUUAAGAGACUAUUAUAUGAUGAUCUUGCAGAUUUGGUACUCCCUUCAAGCAUAUUGCUCCAGGCAGAGAAUGAAGAGGUCGAAGUACCAUCGGACCCGCGAUUUCAGAUACAUAAAAGCAUGGAGGAUUUUCUUAUCCGCAUUGCUGAGUCAUUUAUGAACACUUUUCGCUCAUCAUGCUUGAAUCGACCCCGAGUGCGUCGUGCGUUGUGCCAUAGCAUUAUUGAGUGGGACAGCAUUCAAAUAGAGGCAGAAAAACUUGAUGAGCAUCUCCAAGCUUUAACAAACGAAGCACCUUUGACAUUUGACAAUGGCGAAUCGGCAUAUUCGUACCCUUUGGAUGGGCUUCGAAUUAUCGAUCUACGCCCCGAGGAACUUGGUGGAAUGUACUGGUAUCUGGCCGAAAUAUGUUUCCAACACCGGCGCCACCUCGAUCGAAUCCGGGCAUUUGUUAUCGCAGAAAUGGGACGAAAUGAUAGUGCCGGUGGGAACAAGCCAUUUGAGAGAACUAUUACCGUGUUAGGCCGUCAUACACUGUGGUUAGUAGCAACAGAGAGCUUUGCUCUUGCGCUGCAUGCGAUGUAUGUUUUUCUCGAUCGACAACGAGUGCUCCCACACGCGGCAUCCAAAAAAUCGUACUCUAGCUCUCGGCUUCGGUAUGAGUUACGUAUGAAGCCCUUACUUUCGGUUAGCCUCCCCGAGUUACUUCCAUUCGACAAGUUCGAAAAAAUGGUCUCCCCCGAAGAGGAGACCGACGGACAGACGCUGGAACGAGCGAAUAGGGCAAUUGGCGAAGCACGUAAAGCGUGGGAGAAAGUCCUUACUGACGGCCCAUUCUUGGGCUCACGCCAUGCGGGCAAGACAGUUGAGCGUCCAGCUAUUGAGGCUGAAUGGCAACGAAACACCAAGGACUCAUUCCGAUCAUGCAUUGGAGCCAGCGUCGCAAUCCAAAAGGCGACCAGCAUCUUCAUGGCCAAAAAGUCCGCCCGCUCCAACUCCACAUCCACCUCCACGCGGGAAGCCGGUGAUGCAUCAUUGCUGCCGAUUAAAGUGGAAAUCCCAGAAAUCGACACCCCCCAUCGCUGGCAUGACUGGUGGGCUGUGCCACGUAUUUCAGAGGUUAAAUCGGGCUGA